AUGUCCAGCACCGCAUCUUCCAGCAGGAGUGGGCCUGCUGGAACUGGUAGAAAUGCAAGUUCACAUACGUCGAGUAGCAAAUCCAACCAUCCAGGCUCUUUCACUGGGCAAUUAGUGCCUCUCAGCGAGAUUUCUCAUUAUUCCGGUUCAUCUACUACCGAAAUAUGGACACCGUCGUCUUCCGAAGAUGAGAAAAUCGACCUGAGUCCGGAACCACGUGGGAUUUUGGGACACUGGGAUAUUCAAAGGACAAGCGUUUCUACGGCGAGGAGUCUCCUGUCGGACCUACAACUUUGGGACAGUGUCGAACGAACACGGGACAAUUCUCCGACAGACCGCGAGGAGAGAGCACAGAGUCUUGGUUUAUCUCCAAACGGUACUGUAUCAACCUAUGCGGGCCUCUACAAUGCUACGCCAAAUCCCAGUCCUAGACCCUCUGUGGAUCAGUCUCGCAAUGGUUCUCUGCAGCAUCUCCUACAGCGGUCACGAUCGCCUAGUGUGGCUGCCCGUCUACAAAACUUGGAACUUGAAGGAAAUGAAGCGGAGUCGGAUGGAGACGUUUCUCCUGCCGUCUCAGAGGGAGAAGUAGAAGAGACGGAUCACGAUAGUGAUCAUGAAAGGGGAAGUGAGCACCUAUACGACGUUCGGCAAGAGCGACUUCCCAGAGCCCGUAUCUACAACAACCGUCUACAAAACGCUUUAAGAGAAGUCAAAAACAGAUUCACCAAGCUCGAAAAUACAAUGAGAGAUUCCCCUUUGGCACAUGACGAAAGCUCCGAUUUUUAUGCCCUCUAUGAGCAGGUCAAAAACUUCAGUCGGUUUGAGUAUCCUGAAACGCGUACUGUGGGAUUCAUUGGAGAUUCAGGAGCGGGUAAGAGUGUCUCCGCUAUUUGUCAUGCUGAAUUUGAAAAGACUCAUACCAGCGGAGAUGGCGCCGCUUGUACCUGCGUCGUGACUGAAUUUCGAAAUUUGGGCCAGAAUCAUCGGCACCCAUUCACCAUUGAGGUUGACUACAUGGAUAACAACGAAGUGAAAGAACUUCUCGAAGAGUUGCUGCGGAGCUUCCGACAAUAUUAUACCGACACAUAUCGUGAGGUCACAGAUGUUCAAGAGCAACAGCAGAUAAGAGAGACAUCCACAAGGGCAUGGGAAACACUCCACUCUCUCUUCCGCAACCAGCCAGGCCUGACCCACGAAUAUCUCUCUGAUGAAGCCGAUGGAGCAGAAGCGGCCAUUCUGACACAACUCGAAGAAUGGGCAAAGGCUGGAUUUAUCCAUAGACCGGGAGGGGCCGAUGCACUUCAGUAUUCUGUCACUGCAAACGACCUUGACGAGUGUAGAGACCUUCUUGACGCGCUCACAACUGAUCCCCCAGGUGAGAACAGACCAGCGAUAUGGCCCUUUAUAAAGCUGAUCAGGUCUGCUAAUUACCUUUCCCGUUUAUUCUCACUUGUGCAACUGAUCUCUGAUUAUAUGAAUAGGGUGUACCUUCGAUCACCGAUACUUCGCACAGGCUUGAUAUUGGCAGAUUUACCUGGCUUCCGAGAUCUGAAUUUUGCGAGGGUGAGGGCUACCGAGAGGUAUCUUCGUCAUAGCUGUGACGAGGUCUUUAUAGUGACAAAGAUCUCUCGUUGUAUCACGGAUCAAAGUAUUCCUGAUAUUAUCAGGAGGUGCGAUAGUGAUCAACGGCUACGAAUCGUUUGCACAAGAUCCGAGGAUGUGAACCCCGAUGAAACAGCGCGCAGUUCUCCCCCUGACAUUAAGGAGCACAUAAAAAAACUUCGAAGAGGCAUUCAAAAUUUAAACCGCGAUAUCGCUGUCACGAGAUCUCGCAGACGCAGAGUCACUGAGGCAGAAAGCAUGAGACUUGCAGUAAAAGAAAGUCGUUUACUAUUAUUGCGGUUCUUGAUCGAAAGACGCAACGAGCAAGUGACGGAGAGUCUCCUUGAAAAGUACACAGACGCAGACAGGGUAUUUUGUGUUAGCAACCGGCUUUACUCUGAGCACCGUGAAGACAGUCGUGAGCGCGCAGAAGCGUAUAUUGGGCUCAGUGGUGUCCGUGAACUACGUCGUUACUGUCAAUCAGUCCCAGCAGAGGCGCAGUUCCGUGCGACAGCGGCGUUUCUUGAACAUCAGGCCCCGACUCUUCUGCGAUCUCUCAAUCAAUGGGCUUUGGCAGGAUCGGAUCGAGUCACAGCAGAGAGGGCUGCAACCCUUCGUCAAGUCCUGACUGAGUGCGAAGAGAUGUUUCGUCAGAGACUUACUUCCCGUCAUUCAGAUAUCUCUAGAGUACAACGUGAAUUAGAAGAACAAUUUGCUGCUUCUGUCACAAACAUAAUUCAUAAUCGCCGAGGCCAUUGGAGAGAUGGCGCAGUUCAAAUAAGUCAGGAAUGGGCGGGAUGGCAUCAUAUGACCUAUGCUGCAUUCUGCCGAAAUUACGGCACCUGGUCCACCAAAGCUGUCGGCAGUCGCUGCUGGAAUGACGAAAUUCUCGAACAAGCGCGCGAGGAGUUGCAGGGAAGAUGGGAGUCAGUAGUGGACUGGGUAGAGUUGCAGAAGACUCAGUUAGAAGAAGCAACGGCAGACCUCUUCCAGUCAAUCUGCGACCUGUUGAAAGAGCACAUCAACCUUGCUCCUCAGGCUUUAGAAAAUCUCCUCACUAACAUGGAAUCACGGGAGGACUGUAUACUGCAUAUCUUUCAUCGUUCCCUCGAAGCGCUGAUGGACAACAUAACCGAAAUUCAGAAGGACGCCCUCCGCGGCCAUGACAGCUCCUACAUGGCAGAUCUCAUGCGUAAAACUUAUGCGGCCUGCAAUCGACAGUCCGGAAACGGUUGCCAUCGCCGUCGCAUAAACAUCAUGCAUGAACACCUGAUGCAUUCGCGACUUUUCACAAACCUAUCGAGAAUCAUUGAAACAGAACACAAUACCAUGGUGAGAGCGACGUUCCAAGCUCUGCGGCAGGACAUCCAACGGGAGGUGGACAAUAUCGCCCGAGACUUGCGGGCCGUCGUCGCUACCGAAGGCGAGGUAACGGAAGCGGGACAAUCACCAGCGUUCGCAAGGACACUGAGGAAGAAGAUCAAUAAGACAAGCAGAGUCUUGGACACGGCUAAGAGGAUUGUAGAGGAGGUGAGGAAUAGCGAGGAGUGA